AUGUUUUUUUAUCUGGGACCAGUGGCUAUUGCAAUAAUAUGUUUAAUUGAUUCACAGGUUUUAGUUAAGAAUAUGGGUUUCUGGUACAAUCGAAAUCUUUUCAGUGUUUUCAUUUUUUAGCAAAUAAACAUUAGAGAUGUGCCUAUUGAGCAAAUGUUUUUCUACAAUAUCUAGGUUGUUAUAAGAAGUCUCAUAAUAGCAAUAAGAUAUGGAUAUUUCCAUGAUGAAGGAUACUCUUAGAUGUCAAGGUGCAUGUUUAAAAAGACAAAAUUAGAAGAUCAUCUGAUUAUGACUUCUUGGAUUUUCUCAAAGCUUUCUUCAAUUGAUUAAGAGAUUGAAGCAACUGUGUGGAGAAAUAGAGUUGAUGAGGAAAAUUUUAAAUGCUACUUUAUGGAAAAUAUUGAAAUAACUAACCCUGAAUUAUAGGAGCGCUUGGUAAAUGUAGAUCAUUACAAGGGUAGGCAUCUCAAUAUAAAGAUAAUGAGAAAGUACGUUAAAUAACAUGAGAAACUAAGAAGAUAAAAAAGCCUCUUAGAAGCUAAUUUCCCUGCUCACAUGAAUGAAGAAGUUUAAAAUAGCAAGAAUAUAGAAAAUGGAAGUUCAAUAAGUAUGGCUCAUCAAGUUAAUUCUAGUUAGAAAAUCGAAAGUGAUAGUGAAUCUAUUCACUAUGGCGUUAUAAUGCAUUCAAACUGGGAUGAAAUCCUCUAUAGCUCUGUUGAAUUCGUGGGAAGUCUGACUUUGAUCUACCAAAAUUACCUCUUCGUUUUUAUAGGCUUAAUAGACUUUAAGAGAAGAAAACUCAUGAUUAAUGCUAUUGGAGCAAUGGCUGAGCCUAUUAAGCAAUUUUCCCCAAAGCAAUAUAGAUAUCUGCCUACUGUCAAUCUGCUAUGUCUAAAAUCAUUAAACACCUGGGUAGACCUAAGAAUUUGCUCUCUUGACAUAGGAAAAAGAUAUCUAACUAGAAUAUUUUUAUACAGUUCUAUUUAUCUUGGAUUUUACCUCUUUUUCGCAAUUGUUCUGUUGCUGAGUUAUACUUGCAAUGCUCUUGAUUGGUUCUAAUGUGAAUCAGUAGUUUCAAAAGCAUUCAAAUAUGCUGCUUGA